GUCCGGGCCGGGCCGAGCCGGACGUGUGGAUGUUGUUGUUGAGCAAGGGGCGGUGCUUGCGGGAGCAGUAGGAACUGACACGAUGGGGUAGUGCCUGCGAUGGUCAGUGAGCGCUCUCAGGUGGGCAGACACGGUCUGGGUUCAGCGGCGGAAAACUGUCCGUUUUCAACCUCGGGGAAAGGAAGGGUUUGAGCCUGGUACGAGAGACAGGGGGGACGGGUAAUGUUUUGGCCGCGGCUGAGGCGUUUUGAAGGGGUAAGAGAGUCGGGGGACUGAGAAGAAAACGGCCCCUAGAGACUCGUGAAGAGAAUUUCUAGGAGCAGUUCUUAAAAUGUUCGAACAAUUAUUACCCAAUUGAAGUAAAUGUCUUGAUGAAGCCCAAUUGAAGGAAUUAUUCUGAGAUAAACCCGCAGGGACCAUAGGAAUAUCCUGGAAGAAAUCUUGCACUGGAAAACACUCAGAAAUGAAUCCUGCAGACAGUAUGUCGGAGUAAAGGCUAUAACGAAGAAGCUGAAGGGAAUAAAAUGGAAUAGGUUGACUAGCACAGAUCGCAGGGAGGCUGGUGAUUGGGUUGCAUAGGAACCAGAGAAGGUAAAGCGAACCUCACGGAACAGCCAGCAAGGAAUAGACCGAAUAGAACCGGAAAGUUUUUAAAAAAUCAGACAUCAAGAAAAGGUUGUAAAGAAUAUAAUCUUGUAAGGUAAUAUAGAAAGGUGACUGAAUUGGGGGCAGGAAUAGGAACUUCAGCAAAAGAAUGCACGAAGGUAAGCAAGCAGUUUGAUAAUUGGAAGUACUGAGUUAUAGAACGGCGAAGAUUGUUAUGCAGAUAGAAUGCGUAAUGAGAAUGAGAGAUUUUAAGGAAUAAAUUCUGAGCUUAAUAACUCAUUGAUACAAAGGGAAAUUUCCGAAUUAAAACGCGAAAAACUAUUGAAACAAAUAGAGGAUAUUCCGCACUACCACAAAGGGAAGGGAUGCAGAGAUUUUCUUGCAUAUAUUGAUGUACGACCUCUCUAGAAGGGGCAGCAGCUACUGUAAUGAACAGAGACUUGUGCAUCCAUUCGUGGCCUGGUUCCUACUAUCUACAGAGUGAGAAGCGAUGGGUUUAUGGGAAGCUCUCACUCACACCAUACCAGUUGGCUUUCACAUCUGACAAAGAAGGGGUCACUCUGAUCAGCUUCAAACUCUCUGGCAUCACUGGCAUCAAAAAGGAAACAUCCAGCUUCAUAUUUAGCUCGCUAACUGUGCUGGUGGGCGAUGGUGAGAAGCACUGGUUUAGUUCACUUCAACCCAACCGAACGGUGGUGUUCAAUGUUCUUGAGCAUUUCUGGCGUGCACAGCUGCUCUCGUCAGAAGGAGAAGAGGUGGAGGCUGACACCAGGCCCAUGUCAAAGGGCAGGGAGUUGAUCAACCUGGCGUCCAGUUCUCAGCAACGCUUGGGAGACACAGCCAAAGUGCUGCAUCAUCAGGGUGAACAAUUUGAUCGCAUCAUGAAGGGGCUGGACAAGAUUGAGUCAGACUUGGAUGUAGCAAACAGACUAUUAACUGAGCUGGAGUCUCCACCGUGGUGGCCUUUCAGCAGUCGCCUCCGAAAGAGUCAGCAGGAAGUGAAGGAUGAGCCAGAAUCUCUGCCUUCUUCACAGGCUUUUGGAAAGGAUGGCUUGAUAUUAAAAGUCCCCAUCCUUUACUCCCAGGGUCCAGACGCCAACCUAAAACAGGGUACACUCGCAGUUCUUUGCUCAGGUUUGGAAAUUAAGGAUACAAAUGAGCAGCUUGUGCACAAGUACCGGCGGGAAGAUAUUGAUGAUAUUAAAGUGCAGAAUCCUUAUGAGAUCGUUGUGCGCCAGAGGUUUAUCGGGAAGCCUGACAUCUCGUUUACAUUGCAGUCUGCAAGGAUGACUGAUGUGAUUUCCAUUGUAGAGAUCCAAUAUGCCAAAAAAGUGCAAUUUAAAGAGGACCUGUUAAGACUCUUCAGACCAGAGGAUUCUUCUGUUUCAGAGAACCUUGGCAUGGGUAGCUCCUUAUGGAAUGCAGCAACUGGCUUCUUGGAUAGGGUAAUGCAUCCUGCUUCAGCAAGUGGUGGACAUAUGUCCCAACAGGUGUGUGAGCAGACAGUCUCAGAGGCUGAAGUUCAAGAGCUGAGACAGGUUCUACGGAAGCUGAAGAGUAUCGCGCUGGACACAGAGGUUGAGCUGGAACGCCAGAAUGAAGUGCUGGAUGUCAUUGGUUCUUCAACAGACCAAGCAACAUCCCGGAUAAACACCAGUCACAGACGAAUACGGAAACUUUUGUAGGAGUUGAGUGACCAACUGGUACUGUGACCCUCUCCAUCAGAAUUUCAACAUAUGGAAAGAAUGCUUCAGGAUGGCGAUCAGUGCUGUGCUGAGUAGCACCUGUGUUCACCCAGUUCCUAAAGCCAUGUUCCAACUGUAACUGGCACAGGACUGUUAACAUUUCAUGUAAACUGUUGCCACAGUCUGUGGCCUCUGUGAUGUUCUGCUGUCUUGCCUUCAAGAGGUCUCGCCACUGACACAUCAAUAUCCAAAGAGAUGCCAGAAAAAUGCUCGUUAGUUUAAUAGUCAUUUUAUAAGACUAGCUAAAACGAUGCGAAAGCUUGCAAUAUAUUUACAAAUACAGAUGCUGUUCUGUCAUUUGCAAAAUGUAGUUUGUUUAGAAUCAUGGCUGUAAUUAUCUUUUUAGUAUUAUGAAGACUGAUUAUUUUCCCUAAAAAUAUAAAUAGAAGUGUUCCUUGAGAUAGUUUACCUGUCUGCAUGCAAGUUUACAGUUGACACUCUGUGGCUGUUGGCAUGUCGUGCAGUUUAAUGCUCUAAGUGUACUGCCAUGGUGUUGCUUUCUUCUUGGGUUUUACCUGGUCUAUCUCGCCCUCUACGCUUCAAAAGAAUGUACCAAUAAUGGCUGAUAGGCCAUGCCAUGCUUGACUGAAUCAUCAGGGCAGUAACAAAUCAGUGAUCAGGAGCGUGGACAUUUAUCAUUUAGUGGAGGAAAGAUGGAAGAUUUGAGCAUAAUUAGGUGUACUUGAGAGGGAAAGAUGGUAACCAGCUUUGAGAUUGAGAUGUAUUGGGAAAGGACUCUAAAUAUAUUGUUAGGUCAGUUUUUAAAGCCAUAUUUUUUGCAGGAUUUAUCAGCUGGCACAUUGGUUGAAUUCCAUCUUGGCUACACUGGUGGAUGUAAUUAGUCCCUGCCUAGCUUGCCAUUCUCCACAAACAAAAAACCAACAAUUCAAUCUGUUAAUCUAACCAGACCUGUAAGCUUGAUGAAGUCUCAAUAGCUAACUGAAAAUGUAAUACAAAAGUUAAGAACAUAAUGUCAGUGGGAUUUUGAUAAAUGGACAGUGUCUGAAGACAUGCACUCUAUGAACUUGUAUUUUGCUUGUUGUGGAUGGGGGAGAAUAAAGUACAAUUACUGAUUGUACAAUGUUGACAAAGUACUGAUUACAAUUCUGCGGUGUCAUUGGUAACAGUACUAGUAAAGCAACUUAUAAAGAAUUGAGUAUAUCAACCAAUGCAUUAAAAAAGAAUUAAGACUCUCCAAGUAUCUAGUGUUUUGGUGCCAAUAUGCUAAAUAAACAUUGUAGUAUUUAAUUAGUAUUCUUAUGACUAGUGUCAAAGCUGUAUCAACCUCUGAUUCUAGCAAUUUCUCAAAAUUAGCUUGGAUGUUUUUAUGGUGAUUAACUGGAAUUUUGGCCAGUUACUGAGCUUUUUCUUCGUGUGAGUUGGUAAUCCUUCUAGCAUUCCUGUCUAUUUCUACAGCUCGUUAGCUGCAAAUGUAUUUAAGAGGAUGAUGCAUGAAUUUAGGGAGUUUUUACUUGAUUGGAAUCCAUACAAGAUUUAGCAAAGCAAGCAUAAUAUUCAUAUUUCAAUAUAAAGCGCUGUUAGUUACUAUAUUCUCCCUUUGAUAAUAAUUAACCUCAGUAGAACUUUUUGUAUGUUGUCAGCACUGAAAAUGCAUGCAGCUUUGCUUCAAGGAUAGAAAAAAAACCCAGAAUCAGUAGACUGAUAUACCACUCAGUUCUUGAUAAAAUCACGAAUAUAUAUUUUGCACUUAGUAGAAACUAGCCAUUUUGGAGACUAAAAGUCAUAUACAUUGGCAUGCAAUAUUUUAUAGAAACUCUGGAAUAAUUUUAAUCUUUCAUAACCACUGACUGCAUUGUUGAUAUGAAUUAUAAUGCACAAUAAAAAGUGAGAAAAUUGUGCAAUGUUCAUAUUCCCCAACAAUGGAAUAUGUGUUGGGCUACGUUUGCUGUAAUAUCAAUAGGGGGAGUUCACUGAAGUGACCCCUAUUUCCAUUUCUUGGAUACUUCCAAAUCGAGCAGAGAAAUUCUGUAUGUAAUGAAGCACUUUAAAUAAUUGAUAUUUGAUAUGAUUGUUUACCUAUUUGCUGCAUACCCAUACACAGCAUCGUGCCAAGCCUGUUCUUAAAUGUUAAUGACCAGACUGUUAAGUGCAGAAGGAGGAUCAAUUGUAUCUGCUGACCCCACCUUACUCACAAGUUGUAGGGGGAGAAACAAGUGAGGAGAGGAGUUGGGGAUGAACCUAGAGGUAAUUCUGAAGCCCUUGCCACUUGUGCUUUUAAAUGAGGUAAAUAAGUGAGAGAGACAGACAGGCAGAAUAAAUAUAAACAUAACGUGUAUAUUUUCAACCUAAGUUCUAGGUGUACUUCAAUAGAUGAUAGGGCAAACAAUAGACAGUAGAGAUUUAAGGUUUGGGGAAAAUGAUACAAAGGGAUAAGUUGAAGAACUUUUUCAAGUGAUAAUGACUCAAACGCUUAUUGUAAGUGUAGAGAUGGUCAAUAAUCUCAAAAGAAUUUGGAUUUACACUUAUGGGAAAUAAACUUGCCGAGCUGCUUGUGUUUCUAAUGUAUCAGCCCUUAGUUAUAAGCAUCCAGUUACUGAUCCUUCGUUACUUGGCCACAAGAUCCUGUGCUUCAUCACUUGCUAUCUGGUUACACCUCCUGUCCACAGACCCAGUUAUCUGGCUUGGGACUCUCCAGGGUCUAUGGGUCCUGGAUAACUGGCCAUGGCUCUCCAGUCCAUAAUCCUAUGCUUUCCAGCUAUGUAGUUGUAUGUCCUCUUGCAAUCUGAGGCAGUACUGUAAAUUGAGUCAAGUCUAACUUGAGUGGAUAUUGGAUUUUGUUAAUUACAAAAACAAAUUAGUCUUUCAGUUAGCUUCAAAAAGAUUGAUUUUAUGCAUUUUCCUUUAGUUCAGUGUUUUAAUUUCAAAUUCUUGUGAGCCAGCUAUGCAGCUCACAAAAUAAAAAUUUGGAUACUCCUGACUUGUACUCCAUGCUCAUGAAAAGAGCCCCACCAGACUGAUGGAGGAUGUAGAAUUCUUGCCAGAUGGGGUCAUUCUGCAAAUUAUAGCACUGAUUUUAAAAUGGAAUUAUACAUGUCCUUAGUUCGUGUGGUCUUUAAGAUCAACAGUUGAUUACAGUGAUGGAGUAGAGUUUCAAGCACUUUCAGGGUAAUUGUCUACAGACUCUUUAGUGAAAGGGUUUGUAAAGGAAAACAGGAAUUAUUAAAUCUCUGUGCUAUAUUUCUGAUUUACUGUACUAAAGUCUAGUUUCUCAAUGUCAUGUUUACAUUGUAUAUUAAUUACUGAAAUAUAUCUGCAAACCACAUUACAGAGGCUGCUUUGAAAGUUUUUGAAUGUGUUUAUUACAGCUCCCUUGCCCAUGUGUUUACACAGUUUUUCUCUGUUAUGUUCUGGGUUCUAUAGCAACAGGGUACAGCUGGAGGUGACUGACUGCAUCUCUGACUCGAGAACACAGAAAUAGUUCAAAGAUUUAUUAGUUAGUCCCAAAGGUGGCUUCAGCCCUCCCAUUGCGAGCUCCAAACAUUCUCUCUCAAACUUGGUCCCAUAGGUGUCGAUUGUUUCUCACACAGAAUGUAAGCUCAUUUUCCCCCCCCCCCCGCCCCCCAAUUGUCCUAUUUAUAAGAUUGGCGUAUAUUGCCCAUGCCUUGCUGUUUUUGGAUGUUGCUGGGUCAUUGCUGUGAAGCGCAGUAACAGUUUCAUACAACUGUUGGCGAUCUCAUCUGCCCCUCCCCCAAAAAAGAUAUGAGAGUGACCUUUGUCAGUGUUGGAUUCAGUUUGCGCAUAGUCCAUGUGUGUAUGGCCAGCAGGUUUUACUUCAGCCCUCGCUGUGAAGGAAUUUGUUGAUUUUUUUUUCUUCAUGUGCUGUUUUGAAACUGAAUAUGAAUUUUCAAAACAAAAUGACAGUAUGUGAACUUGAGAGCUUAAAAUAUUCUGAGCUACACUAAUCCUCCUGUUCCUUUGUUCCCUUAAUAUUGAUUCAUAAGUACAGGGACUGGAUAACCAGUCCAGUGUUAUCACCACAAUGGAUUUUUGAUCCAUUGGUUGAAGACACAAAUGAAAAAUCACCAUGUGCUCCUAGGUCAGUAUCUCCAGUAUCAAGUCACUAACUGUGUUCAACAAAUUCCUAUUGGCAAGCCAUAUUUUCUACAUGACCAGCGCCUUAUUGCCUAAUCAGUUUACUCCAAGCUCUUCCAAAGCAAGAAAAAACAGGAGAAAAUAUGUCGAGGAUUUCUCAAACCUUCAUCACUAUCACUCGUAUCCUCUCUUGACUUCCCGCUCUAAGGAAAGCAGAUGUAGUCCAUAAGACUAUAAGACUUGAGAGCAGAAUUAGGCCAUUUGGCCCAUUGGGUCUGCUGUGCUAUUCAGUCAUGGCUGAUCCCAUUUUCCCCUCCUCAGCCCCAUACCCCAGCCUUCUCCCCGUAACCUCUGAUGCCAUGUCCAAUCAAGAACCUACCAAACUCUGCUUUAGAUACACCCAAUGACCUGGCCUCCACAGCUGCCUGUGGUAACAAAUUCCACAAAUUCACCACCCUCUGGCCAAAGAAAUUUCUUUGUAUCUCUGUUUUAAAUGGACACCCCUCUAUCCUGAGGCUGUGCCCUCUUGUCCUAGACUCCCCCACCAUGCGAAACAUCCUUUCCACAUCUACUCUGUCUAGGUCUUUCAAUAUUCGAAAGGUUUCAAUGAGAUCCCUCCUCAUCCUUCUAAGUUCCGGUGAGUACAGACCUAGACUGUCAAAUGUUCCUCGUUUGAUAACCCUUUCAUUCCCGGAAUCAUCGUGAACCUCCUCUGAAACUUCUCCAAUGCCAGCACAUCCUUUCUUAGAUGAUGAGCCAAAACUGUUAACAAUACUCAAGAAGAGGCUUCACCAGUGCCUUAUAAAGCCUCAGCAUCACAUCCCUGCUCUUGUAUCUAGACUCCUUGAAAUGAAUGCUAAUAUUGUAUUUGCCUUCCUCAGCACCGACUCAACCUGCAAGUUGACCUUUAGGGUGUUCUGCACAAGGACUCCCAAGUCCCAUUGCAUCUCAGAUUUUUGGAUUUUCUCCCAGUUUAGAAAAAAACAGCACAUUUACUUCUACUAGCAAAGUGCAUGACCAUGCAAUUUCCAACAUUGUAUUUCACUUGCCACUUCCUUGCCCAUUCUCCUAAUCUGUCAAAGUCCUUAUGCAGCCGACCUGUUUCCUCAACACCACCUGCCCCUCCACCAAUCUUCAUAUCAUCUGCAAACUUGGCAACAAAAGCACCUAUUCCAUCACCUAAAUCAUUGAUAUACAGCAUAAAAAGAAGCGGUCCCAACACCAACCCCUGCGGAACACCACUAGUCACUGGCCUGUCCUCAAUUGUAACAUUCCUCCUCCAGCUCUAUCACAUCCUUGGCUGGUUGAGAUAUAUAAGAUUAUGAGGGAUAUACUUAGGGUUCAGUGCAAAAAACGUACCCCCAGUUCUGUGUUUUGAAUGAUUCUGCCUCCAUGGCCAUUUUGGGUAGAAAUUUCUAAAGAUACAGCAUGCUCUGAGUGAAGAAAUUUCUCCCUCUCAUUUACUGAGGACUUGCCCUUUAUUCACUUUCCUCUUAAGCCCCUAGCCCUUGAUUCUUCAUCUUGGGGAAACAUCUUCUCUUAGCCUGCAAAGCUCUUCAAGAAUUUUGAAUCUUUUUAAUGAGGUCUCUCCUCUUGCAGAAAAGAUCAUGGUACUCUCUGCCCCCUUAAUUGCUUGCUGCACUAAUUUGGUGGUCUUCAACAACAUUAAUACUUCCUGAUCUCUCAUCAUUUAAUAAAUACUCUUCUGUUGUGUGUAUCAAUACUACGACAGGUUACAAAAUGAAAUUGGGCAUUGCUGACAUCAGCACAUUGCUUCCUGACGAACUUAAUGUAUUCUGUCUGGUUAUGAUUUUGCACUUUUACAUGCACUGCACUUUUUCAGUAGCUUUUACACUUUAUUCUGCAUUUUUAUUAUUGUUUUACUUUAUUCUACUCAAUGCACUGUGCAAUGAUUUGAUCUGUAUAAACAGUAUGCAAGACAGGGUUUUCACUGUAUCCUGUUACAUGUGACAAUAAUAAAUCAAUAAAAUACCGGUUUACAGUUCCACCUAGUUUAGUGUUGUCAGUGAUGAUGGAAAAGUGACAUUUGCUCCCCUCAGCGAAAUCAUUGAUAUCAAUUUUGAAAAGCUGGGGAUCUAAACAUUGAUCCCGAUGGCCAUAGUCUGCUAACCUAAGAACAAUCUGUUUAUUAAUUGUCAAUUAUCUCUAACCUUGCUGAACAGCUUCCCAUGUGGGUCCUUCUCAAAAAUAUCAUACCCAAUUAUACAUUAUGCUUGUUACUAGUCACAUCCUUAAAGAACUCCAGCAAAUUAGUCAACAUAGUUUUCCCUUAAAUCUAUUUUGGUUCUGGUUCAUCCAAUUAUUUUUAAGUUAUUUUUAUUACGUCCUUCCUUAUAAAUUCCAACAACAUCAGGCCUAUAGUGAAUAAUGCCCCAUCUCUCAUUUCCUAUCAAAUAGUUCAGUCAUUUGCUGAUUCCAAUCCACAGGAACAGUUCCAGAAUCAGUCGAAGUUAAGAUGAUGAUAACCAAAGCAUCCAUUAUCUCUGAAACUACCUCUUUAAAACUCUGUGAUAAGAGCUUUGAAGGUGGUAGCUUCUUCAAGCACAACAUUUUAGCAUCAUUUUUGAUGAAUAUUUAGUUUCAGUUCCCCGCUCUCGCAAGACCCUACAUUCACAAAUAUAUCUGGCAGGUUUUGUGUAUUAUUCAUGAAGACAGAUGCGAAGUAAUUGUUUAACUCUGUCAUAUCUUUGUUUUUCAAUAUAAAUUUCCCUGUCUCUGUUAUAAAGAGUCUAAGCUUACCCUUGCUCGUCUUUUUUUUUAAUGUACCUAUGAAAGUUCUUACAGUCUGCUUUCAUGUUCCUGCUUGUCUUUAUGAAUUUAUGGGUCUCAUUUGCAAUGUUCUAUUGCUCACAAUUUUCAAGCCUAGUGAUACUUUAGGCAAUUUUAUAAGCCUUUUCCUUGGAUUCAACAGCAUCUUUAUUGUUUUUGUCAGUCACGGCUGCAUUCCUGGAGAAUUCUGAUCAAUCAAGCAAAGAUACUAUAUUGAUCUCUAUUAAUGAUAGUAAUACAAUGCCCCCUUUUCCAUCUACCCUCCUAAAUAUUGAAUACCUUUGACUAUUUAGCUCUAAUAUCCAUUUUUGGCAUUAAUUGACUUGUUACAAAGUGGAAGCAAAUAAUCCUGACCAAAAGGGCAAUCUGAUGAUGACAAAGGGAGCUUCUGAAGAAUACCAACUCUCUCCUUAUUAAGAGUACCGGUCACACUUUUAGUUUUGGCUAUUUGGGCCUUGUUUAUGUCUGGAUGGUGACUUUUGAACGUUUCAAAGUCUGAACCUCAUCCUGGCCUAAUUUCCACCAGGACCCACCAGAGAGCAGGCAACCCAUGGGCAUUCUCUUUUCUCAUCCAGGCAUAGCUGGCCCAUACGGCACUAUACUGAUGAUUCAUGCUGAGUAUGGAGUGUUUUUAUGUAUUUCACUGUCAUAAUGGGUUAUUUUCUUAAUCUAUGGUCCAUG